AAGGCAACCACAGGGGAUGUCGGACGACACAUGAUGGAAGGGACUUGGGAGGCCGAGAACGCCCUCUUCGAUGCGAUUCCGCUUCAUGUACCAAUACCGAUAGGUUGGGGCACCUAUAGCGCCGACCCGAACACCCACUUCUACAUAUCUGAGUUCAUCGAAGUGACCGAUGAGGUUCCCAGCCCGCAACAAUGGGCCCGGGUCGUGGCUCAGCUGCAUCGUCGCACCACGGGGCAAUCGCCCGCUGGAAAGUUCGGGUUCGGGGCCGUCACCCAUCUGGGAAAUGUGCCAGUGGACAACCGCUGGAGCGAUACGUGGGAGACGCUCUGGGCGAACCAGAUGAAGUCCCUGCUGGAUGAAGAGGAGAGGCGGCAUGGGCCGGACGAAGAGUACACGAGGCUGAAGGAGGCCUUCUUCCGUUUCGUGCUGCCGCGGUACCUGGGUCCUCUGGAGGCAGAUGGGAGGUCGAUUCAACCAUGCCUGAUUCACUCCGACCUUCGGCCUGGUAACACGAAGACCAUAGACGAGUCCAACAACACCUGUAUGUUCGGUGUCUCGGCAUAUUGGGGUCAUUUCGAAGCCGACCUUGGGAUCUGUCUCAAUGACUAUCAGUUCGGAAGGAGCUAUAUGGAUGCGUACUGGAAGCAUGCCGAGCCCUCGGAGCCAAAGAAAGACUUCGACACCCGCAACGCGAUUUAUGCGCUCAAGCAUCAUGUGCUCAUGUCAGUGACGCACUAUGAUAAGAAAGAGCUCAGGAUCAAGUAG